UCAAUAUAACCUAAUAAUGUACUGGAUCUAUUUUUAUUUAACCGGUAUUAAAAGAGGUUAUACAAAGUUUAUAUAAAAUAUUUGAUUUUUUUAUCUUAAUGUAAACAUUUGUAUGAUAUAUAAAUCAAUAUUAACAAAAAUUUAUUUUUUACUUCCAUACACAAAACAUAUUAAUACUUUUUCAAUAUGGUAUCGUUUUUAACUGAUGUGUUAAUUACAGCAGGACAAGUUGAAAAGCUUAAUCUUCGAGAAAAAAUUUCUCAAAUACAGGAGGAUAUAGUAAAGCUAAAAUAUGAUGUCAAAGAUUUCAUGGAUGAUAAUUAUAUUGAAUUUUCAUCAAAACUGACAAAAAAUCAACGUUUAGUUUCUAAAGCUGAAAUACUUACAAAAGAAAUGAACGAUUUACAAAAAAGAAUAGAUGAUCAGAUCAAAGUAGAAUUAUCUGGGUCCAUAAAGGAAUUAAAGAAUCUUUCACAAUCGUUGAAAGAAUCAAACCUUUGUCUUCACUUAUCUAACCAAUUAUUAUCUCUAGACGAAUGCAUUAAAUUGAUAAAACAAUAUCAAGAUGAACAGCGAUACGUUGAUACUGCUAAAAGCUUAUGCAUAAUGCAGAAUUUAUUGGAUAAUCCUGAAAGUGAUUUACAAGAUCUUGAUAUUUAUAAUGCAAUUAAAGAGGAAUAUAAAAAUUUACAUGAUUCAUUUUUAUCUCAUGCUUCUUUGCUUUGGGACGAGCGUAUUUGUUGGACUGGUUUAGAAAAUAAUAAGAAUGAAACAGUCGUUACACUUCAUAUUAGGGAUAAACUUGAAAACAUAGAAGAUUUAAUUCGUGGUUUGCAUUACGUCAACAAACUUUCUGAUCAUUUGGAUCAAUUUUCAAAAACAAUAAUGAGUUAUUUAAUUCAACCAAUUAUCAAUGAGCAUUGCUCAGUUUUUGUUUCAAAAGAAAAUAUAUUCACCAUUGAAUAUAUUGAUAGAAAACAAAUACCAGUUUAUAAAAGUGUCCUGCAUAAUUUAAAAUUAUUAUUUAGAUAUCUUCAUGAACAUUUUAAUGUUAUAAUAGAUGAUAAUCAGACCUUACUUAUGAAAAUGCAACCGCAUAUGUUAGAACAAUUAGCAGAAAGUCUUACAAUUAAUUGCAUUGCUAGAACUAUUCCUAGUUCUAGCACAGAAUUAAAAAAUUUUGAACCAGUACUUGAAGAAACUAAUAACUUUCAAAGUUAUUUAAUAGAAAUAGGAUUUAUCACAGAAAAAAACUUAUUCUUGAAAGAAUAUACUGAUAAUAUUGACAAACUUUUUAUUGAUAAAAUAUGUCAAGAUUUAAUGGUAAAAGCAAAAAAUAUUAUCAAGAAAGAUCUUCAUGAUUCAAUUAAACAUAUACCAGAGACCCCAUUAAAAUUUCCAAAUGAUGAAUUAGAAAGUGAGGGUGUAUCAAUUCACAGAUACUUAAAUGAAUCUUCUUUUCAACUACCAUCUUGUCAAAUAAGCAAAAGUGCGAAAGAAAUACUAGACCUUGCAAGAAGUAUUUUGGAUGAGGCCUGUGACAGUUCAGAUGCUUCUGCAGUCAAACUGUUUUAUACAUGUAGAAAUGUAUUUGAAAUGUAUGCAGGUCUAGUACCUGAACAUCACAAAAAAUUUUUGGAAACAAUACCACAACAAGUCGCUCUAUUCCACAACAACUGUAUGUAUCUCGCACACCACCUACUAACAUUGGCACAUGAAUACAGGGAUAAAUUGCCGAGAUCAUUGCAACAGCUUAACUUAACGUUUACUGAUCAAACACUGAUAUUACGCAAUGUCGGUUCUGAAUGUUUCCUAGAGCACAUGAGAUACCAGAGAGAUAUUAUUAUAGAUAUCCUCAAAGAGUCAGGUUUAGCAGCGCUAGGUCAAGUUUCUGAAUUACCUUCGUCAACUGAACGUGCAUUGAGACAAUGUAUCAGACAAUUAGAAUUGUUGAAGACCGUCUGGUUAGAUGUUCUACCUGUCAAUAUUUAUUGCAGAGCUGUAGGAUGCAUCGUUAAUUCUAUGGUUGAAGAUUUAAUAAUAAGAGUUACAUCCGUUGAAGAUAUACCUGCUGAUAUAGCUUCUGAUUUAGUGAUAAUGUUUAAUACAGUAACAACACGAACGCCAAUGAUAUUUCCAGAAUCUGAGGAGAUAGCACAGUAUGCACGAAAAUGGAAAAAAUUCUUAGAACUUAUUAAAGUCCUUGGUGCAUCAUUGAAAGAGAUCGAGAUUAGAUGGGCAAGUGGGAAAGGUCCUCUUGCAAAAGAAUUUACAGCUAUUCAAGUAAAACAACUUAUUAGAGCAUUAUUUCAAAAUACAGAAAGAAGAUCAGUUCUCUUAGCUUCUAUUAAAUAAUACAAUACUGUAUUGAUAUGUUAUUAAUAAUCAGUGGAGAAAGAAAAUUUAUUUAUA